AACCGGUACUACUACACGCCGCUGAUGGAGAAGUACGAGAAGAUCUCCAAGAUAGGAGAAGGCUCGUACGGAGUGGUGUUCAAGUGCCGGGUUCGGGACACCGGUCAGCUGGUGGCUGUCAAGAAGUACGUCGAAACAGAGGACGACCCGCUUAUCAAGAAGAUCGCGCUGCGCGAGAUCCGCAUGCUCAAGCAACUGAAGCACCCGAAUCUUGUGAACUUGAUCGAGGUGUUCCGGCGGAAACGGAAACUUCACUUGGUGUUCGAAUACUGCGAUCACACCGUGCUAGACUUCCUGGACAAACAUCCAAAAGGCGUUCCAGACGCGCUCACGAAGAGGAUGGUGUUCCAGACACUACAAGCCAUCAACUUCUGCCACUUGCAUAACUGCAUUCACAGGGACGUCAAGCCGGAGAACAUCUUGCUCACAAAGGAUGGCGUUGUCAAGCUUUGUGACUUUGGCUUUGCUAGGACACUAAGUCCCGGCGAGAACUACACGGACUACGUCGCCACGCGCUGGUACCGAGCGCCCGAGCUGCUGGUAGGCGACACGCAGUACGGCCCGCCCGUCGACGUCUGGGCGGUGGGCUGCGUGGCCGCCGAGCUGAUGCGUGGCGAGGCGCUGUGGCCCGGAAAGUCCGACGUCGACCAGCUCUACCUCAUUCGCAGGACGCUGGGUGAACUUAUACCAAGGCACUUGCAGAUCUUCAAGACCAACGACUUCUUUGCUGGAGUCAGCAUUCCCGACCCUGAUGUAGUCGAAUCUCUACAGUCUGCAAUACCAGCAACCGUGGACACAUUCGGAAUCGAUUUCUUGAAGAAAUGCCUGGACAAGGACCCUGCCAAGCGGUGGACGUGCGAGCAAUUGCUGAAACACCCGUACCUUGGCGAUUGCAAAGUGCCCGAGGUGGAUGUCGAGGACAACGUUCGAAUACGAAGAGAAAAGUCUAAGAACGGCGCUCAACACCAGUCUCUAUUUCCUCAUCUUCCGGGUCACUCCGGAAGUGGCUACCCGACGCCGGAUAUCCGGGCCUCGCACUUGCACUCUCGACAUUCCCAGCCCCUGCAGAGCCAGCCCCACUCGCAGCAGUCAUCGUCGCGCAAGUUUGACCACCUACCAAACAUCUGACGCUUGGGUCCCGGGACACUCUACCACUCGGUCCCCAAGUCCUUCACCGGAUGGUCCUGGAAGUAGUCCCGCGGGCGAGGCUGGCAUCUCGUUGAUGUGCUGUAUCUUUGCUACCACCUCCACCAGCAUGUUGUUGUGUGUAUGGUUUGUUCGUGCGUGUUGAAAGAAUGAGAAAAAAAACUGUGCUCCAUGUUUUGCGAAGAGGACAGCGUUUUACAGCGAAGUUGAACUGGUGUGGCAAGGUGGCUUUGUCGGUGUUGUUCUUUCACUGACAUGGUAAGAUGU